AUGUUGAAGCAUAUUUACUUAAGAAUAAUGAAUGUACAAAAAACUUUAAAAAAUAAAAAAAUAAAUGAAUAUAAUAAAAAUAACAGAGAUGAUAACAAGAUAAAACAAGAAUUAAGUUGUAUUACAAGUAAAUUGUGUGAGGAAAAUGUAAAAUCUCAAAAAAAAAAUGAUUAUAUGAAAAUAAAUUUUGAAUGUAAUAUAAAUAAAAAUACAAAUAAAACUGAAAACAUAGAAAAUAAAUCCAAAGAAUUAUCAAAAUAUAUGCUUAUAAAUAAUAGCAAUUAUAAAAAAAUUAUUAACAGAAAGAAAGAAAAUCAUCAAGUUGAUAUAAAAAAUGAUAAUAGCAUUCAAGAUAAUUUAUUAAAUAAAAAAAAUGAUAAUUGUGAAAAUUUUAAUAUUAGUAAGAAAUUAUAUGAUGAAAUGAGUGAAAAUAAUAAUUUAAAUAAAAAUGAAUUUAAUAAAAAUAACAUCUUAUAUAAUAAUUAUAAUGAGAAUAAUAAUUCAGAUGAUAAUUUAAAAUUCAUUUUAAAUUAUUCUAGUAUUCAAGUUUUAAAAAGUCUAAAUUUAAAUUAUAAUUAUAUAAAUUGUAAAGAUUUCUUUAUGUCACUUUCUUUAAUAUGCAACCAAUUAGCUAUUCAUAAAUUUGAUAAUAAGAAAUUUUGGUAUAUUUUAAGUCUAAAGUUAACAGAUAUAUUGAAAAUAAAAGAUAUUUAUAAAACAUUUUGUAUAAGAUGGCUUGCAUUAAUUUUAAAUUCUUUUGCAAGGGUAAAUUUUCUAAAUAAAAAUUUUAUGAAAACAUCAUCAUAUUUUAUUCAGAAUUAUAAAAAUGAAGAUAUUCAUAGUUUUGACAUAUCUCAAAUAGUAAAUUCUUUUUCUAAGUUGAGUUAUAUUGAUCCUAGUUUAUUUUCUUUUCUUGAAAAAUUUAUUUAUGAUAAAAUUGAUAAGAUGAGUUGUCAAUCUAUUAGUAAUAUAUGUAAUGCUUAUUCAAAAUUAGAUUUAAAAUUUGAAAAAUUAUUUUUUAAGUUAAGUAUAAGAAUUAAAAAAGACAUGGAUAAAUUUAACGAACAAGAAAUAGCAAAUAUAAUUAAUUCGUACUCUAAAUUAAGUAAAAUAGAUUUCGAUUUAUUUAAUAAAUUCUUAGAUAAUAUAUAUAGAAAAUUUUAUGAUUUUAAACCAAUAGAAAUAGUUAUGAUAACGAAUGCUUACUCUAAGUGUAAUAUUUAUAAUAAAUGUUUUUUUUCUCAUUUAUUUUCAUACAUUACGAAAAAUUCCAAAAAUUUUCAUCCCACUGAAUUAUCUAUAUUAGCUAAUUCUUAUGCGAAAUUUAACUUAAGAGAAAUAAAAAUAUUUGAAAUAAUUAAAAAGGGAAUAAUUAAAAAAGAAAAUAUGCUUGAUAGUGGUAAUGUAGCUAUGUUAUUACAUGCUUAUGGAAAAUUACUAAUAAGAGAAGAGUAUUUCAUUUUAAAUUUACUUAAAAAAAAAAGUCAUUUAAUAGAUUUAUUAGACUGCAGAAACUUAACGUUAUUUUAUGUUUCCUUAAUUAAAUUAAAUAUAGAUAUUCCUAUAUAUAUUUAUAAUAGUUUAAAAUUAAAUAUAAUAAAAAAAUUAAAUUAUUUUACAGAUUUAGCAUUGGUUUCUAUAUGUUAUUCUUCUAUGUUUUAUAAGUAUUUUGAUAUUCAUUUGAUAAGUUCAAUACUUAUAUUAUUAAAUAAAAGAAAAGCACGUAGUAGAUCAUUUUCUCAUCAAAUUCACGUUUCAUUAUUUGUUUUACUUUCUCUUUAUGAUUUUUAUAAAUUCUCGUUAAAAUUUCUUAUUUGUUUAUACACACUUUUAAAUAGGGCAUCAGAAUAUUUCAAUAAACCAAAUUAUUAUGAUAUUAAUAAGUCUACUAUUCAAAAAAGAAUUUUUCAAUUUUUCCCAAAACAGUUAAAUAUCCAAAGUGAAGUGGCAGUAGGACCGUUUGUUGUAGAUUUUCUGCUAUUGAACAAGAAUUUACAUGAACAAUAUAUAAAGAAUCACAAAUCAAUUAAAUAA